UCGUUAGUCAACAUGCAUGAGUCACCAGUUCCCAUCUUCUCCCACCUAAACUCCAAAAAUGUGAAGUCGUUGAAAUUAGGUCCUCUCCCUUCAUCCCACUCUUGACUUUCCCCUCCCUCGCAUACCUAUAAAACCCCAAGACUCCUUACAGCAAAACCCAAACAACAUCCCGUCAUGCUCCCCUCUCUCUUCACCUCCACCCUCACGCGCCUCACGCCCCGCCUGCCGGUGCUAAUCUUCGCCGCCACGUGGACCGCCUGCCUCACUCUCACGGUGGCUCUGGCCUCCUUCUCUCCCGAGGUUGCGUUUGUCUCGGCCAUUUCUUCUUCGUCUUCGUGCGGCUCGGAAGCGUCCAUAAGGGUUCUGGCAGACGUGCCGGGAGAUAUUCUCUGCUUGCCGGCUCAGCUGUUCAGCAAGUCCAGGAUCGACUUCAUCGUGCCUCCGGUUUUCGCGGCGCUCGUGGUGGCCGGGUCGGCGUGCCUGGUCCGGGCCAUGGGCCUGUGGGAGACAGACGAAGCCCAGUGAAGUUUGGGCUCGCUUUGCCGCCUAAUUGCAUCUGUUCCCGCCAAAUUGUUUAGAACAAGAACUGAUUGGCAAUUGUAGAUGGAUGACUAUAGUUUGAUUCUUUUUCAGUGACUUUAUAUGUAAUCAGCUCAAACACUGCAGUUUUCAUUUGUUUGUAAAAGGAGAAAUUUGGUAGCGGGUUGUGAUCGAGAGAAAUCUUGUGACCUCAUCAAA